ACCUUUGAGUUUACCUUCACCAUGGUUACAUCGCUAAACACCACAGAGCUGUCUGAGAGAGACGCGUUAAGGAAACCACGAUUUUUAAGCGAGAAAAUGAGCGUCACUCGCACGAAUCCUAAGACAAAUGAAGCCUCUAAAGUUGUGAGGCCACAACGGCUUUAUGACCACUUAUAUGAUCCUGUGUACACGGUGUCAUCGGAGGUGAACCAUGCCAGGUCCAGAGUCAGUGCGUCUAAGGGCCGAAUAAGGAGAGUGCCUGUGUUUGAGUCGAUGUUCAGUGACCUGUCCCACUACCCGCGGUAUACCGUUCAGCUGGACCCAGCAGACCCAGUACCGGCCUUUAUGGAUCGUCGCUGGCGAGGCCACACGGAACAGCGUGUGGAGGCAUUGCAGCAGUUGGCUGGGGUUAUUCCAAAGUCUCAGUCAUGGCUGAAAAGGGAGGAGUGCCAUGUGACCGGAGCUGAUCGCUGGAAAUACUUUAAACGCCCUCUGAUUCCCUUUGCAGAGCAGAUUCCCCCGCAUGCAACUUUUGCAUUGCCUACAGAAGACGUUGUAUCUUCUGGUGGAAAGAAUGCUGGGCAUUCUGAACAGCCCACCCACUUCACUGUCGGGGUCCAGACAGACUACAGGGAAAGUGAAACACAGACAGACCCGUACAGCCCUGAGUAUGUGGUGCAACGUGGGACAACUCCCUCAGAACUCCUGCAAAUGGCAGCUUUGACUUGGGGUCGUGGUCUGCCUGCAGGCCUGGCAGAAGUGGAAAUGAUAGAGCGGGCACGUGCCAAACGAGCUUGGGCGACCACCCUUCCUCCAUUGGAUGACCUUAGUCAGCUGGAGAAAAGGAGACGCAUGAUGGAGGAGAUGGAGGUCAAAGAGUGGGCUUUCAGAGAAGGAGAAAUCCAGAAGUUGCAAGAUGCUCGUCUUACUGUGCUGAAGGACCUCUUGAGGCAAAGAGAUGAGGCCCAGAAAGAAGUCACAAGCGAGAGACUCAACCACAUAUUUUCUAAGCUCCAAAAAGACAAAAAGACCAAACUACACAAGAUUCACAAUGACUACACCAGGUCACUGAGAAAACUGGAAGCCAAGGGGAGAAAUGUGGAGGGGAAGCUGGGGCGACUUGGCAUUGGCAAAAACUAUACGGAUAUUCAGCCAUGUGCCCCUCGGAGCCGCAGGGAUACAUUCUCCAACAGGAACACCUGCAACAAUGAGUUAAAAAGCCACUACUUGAACGCAUAUGAAGGUUUGCUGGAGUUAGAGGCAGGACUCUCUGCCUCAGACCUCAAGCCAUGGGUGAAAAGACAUCAGCCCAAAGUCAUCAACAAUGUGAUCAGUCCACCUGAGUGCCGAGAAAUAGAAAUGAUGAAAAAAUACAAGGCCCUGAGAGAGGAGGAAAAUAAGCAAAAAGCUUCGUGUUUUCCUGUCAAGAGGGAGAAGCCCGUUCCUCGUCCUGUCACUCCCAUAGUGGAGGAGCCACCAGAGGGGGACGAGGAGAUAGAGCUCGCAGUCAUCCACUUACAGAAAUUACUGAGAGGAAGAAGUAUUCAAUACAAGAUGUUUAAGGGCAAGGAGAACCAUCUGGAGCUGUUUCGGGAACUGAGGACUGUCCACGCCCUGCAGGGGGAGGAGCAAGAGCUACAGAAAGCUGACAAAGGGCUCGUGAUGACCCUUAAAGAUCAGAGAGACAAACAUAGACAUGAGACCUCUCAAGAGGAGGCUUCUCAGGCCGGAGUGGUAGGCGCCGAGCUUGAACACCUAUUCGACACCUUGUCCAAGGGGCUGAUUCAUCUCCAGGAAGAGCGUAGGAUCCAUGCCUUUAUACUACUGGCUGAGAGAGACCGUCGCCUGCGAGAGGCUGAGGAGAAUGGGAGGAGACAGGUGGAGGACCGCAGACGCAGAGAAGAAGAUGAGAUCUUCAGACAAGUGGUUCAGGUGCACCAGGAAACUGUGGAUUUGUAUUUGGAGGACAUCAUCCUAGCAACCGUGGAGCAGACAGCUGACAAGCAGGCCAGAGAGGAGAUCCACAGAAGGGCAAAGGAGGUCAACGACAUCGCCUAUGCCAUGGAGGAAAGCCGAAACAAUCUUCAGUCGGAGGAGAUUGUGUCUGAGUUGAUGUACAGUUUCCUCAUCCCAGAGGUCGAGAAGAUCACUGUCAGGCAAAGAGUGCACCAGAGGCAGCAUAGACACUUACAAGCAGCUCGGAGCAUCAUUCAGGGAGCUGCUGAGCAUUCUGGGAUCCUUCCUAGUACUCUCUUGUCGACGCAGUUGACUUGUCCCUCUGAAAGAGCCUCCAACCGGGUCCUCGAGGAGAUGAUCAGCCAAGUGGAGCAGGAGAAGGGGAAGGAAACAGAGUAAAGAGAGGACUAUGAAUAUAACGUGUUGAAAUGCAGUCUGAUGUCUAAAUUUGCUGUUCAUCAAUACUAUUAAAGUUUCAUAUUCAUCAUUGUGGGUUUAUGGGUUGAUUGUAGUCUUUUGAUUAUUACUACUUUAACUAGAAUGUUCAGUAUAUUCCUACAUUU